AUGUUACUAGCGGUAGCUGCAUGUGGUAUUUGGAUUGGAGCCGAAAAGUCAACGAAGCUGAGACCUCGGUACAGAGAUGAACAAACACUAGUCGGAGGGACGAUAUGGAGUCAGACUAUCAUCACCCUAGGACUUAUUAUAUCAGAAUUAACAGAUGACAAUUUGCCGAAAUUGAUACAUGGCUUUUUCGUGGUGUCUGGAAUCUUGUUAUUUUUAUUAACUGGUGUAAUGUUGAUUGUCUACGAAUUAAAGAUUCGGAGUCAAGAACUAGCAAUACGUAGAGAUAUAAACACAAAUGGCAGCAUGGACCGCGUGAUGAAUGCGAUGAGAAGAACUUCACAGCACGUUAUGCUUUCGCGGACUUUUAAUAUGUCCUAUUUUUGCAUUGGAGUGGUGUGUAUUCUUGGCAGUAAUCCACUGGAAGAGAAAGUUAGCUUGGAGCUCAUAGAUUCUGCUAUAGACACAGAGUAUGGAUACUUGUACUAA